AUGAGAGAGCUCGAGAUCAAGUUCUCAAUCCGUGGAUCGAGCGUUUUCGACUGUGGCAUCCUCGCCAACGAUAAAGAUAAAGCCCAGGAAUACAGAGAGAAAUCCGUACGGUACUUUCACGCCGUGCUCGGGGAGGAGGAAGACAUCCCCAAUCUGUCAUGCUUCUCAGAGGAGCUUCAGUUUGCCUUGCUAUGCUGGAAUGAAGUCGCCGAUCAUAUUCGAAGCGUGUGCUCAAAAGGUCAAUCCGCCUCGCGCUCUAACAUUCAUCAAGCUAACAAGUCUCUAGAUAGCCUAAAGGUCCUUCUGGACCAGAAGCUAUACUAUGUUGAGAGUGUUGAUACUGUGGACACAGUCUACUCGGGAAACCACAUUCCAUCGCUGAAGCAAUAUCUGAGCCGGCGUGAACGCACUGCCGGGGUGUAUCCGGUUAUAGCCACAAUCCCCUUCAUUUAUGGUAUUGAUGUCUCACAACAACAGCUAGAUGGCGAGUUGAUGCAGUUGUUGUGGAAACAUACGUCGUAUUUGGUACACAUGAUCAACGACAUAUUUUCGUUGCGCAAGGAAAUUGCGGACGGGCAAAUCGAGAAUCUCAUCCCGGUAUUAAUGCUCAACGAAGGUGUCGACUGCAACACCGCCAUGAAGUUAGCUAUUAUGCUGGUCGAUGAGGCAGCACACGGUUUCCAUGAGACUGAGAAGCAUCUUCGAGCUCAGCAUGACUCUGCGCCGCAUGACCAAGUUACUGAAGCUUUCCUGGAGGGCUGUAAGAAUGUGGUGAUGGGGCUGACGUAUUGGAGUUAUACGGGGCAACGGUAUUUCCACAACUCGGAGGUCGAAGCUGGAAACAUGAUUACAUUCAGUUUAUGAGAGCUG